GUGCAAUAGCAUCAUCAGCAGUCAAAUUAAAACUGCAGGAGUUUGUUCUGACCAAGAAGCAUCGUGAAGCAGUCAGCAAGGACCUCAACAACUCACCACCACAGUUCAGAUCCCACUGGGUACCCAGUCAGGGAUCACUGGACCAGGGAUCCCCACCGCUCAACCUGUCUCCUCCUUACGCACAUCAUCUGAUGGCCAAAUAUGAAGAUGAUUUCCCACUUCGCAAGACAGCGUCCGAGUCGAAUAUUCUAAAGCUGCGGUCUGCUCUCAAGCAGAAAAAGGAAGUCCGGCGAGCCAUGAUUACCCACAGUCCUCUGGUGGGUCGCCGAGACAAGGGACCAAUGAGCCUGAAAAGAAAAACGCCCCUGUCAAUAGAUACUGGCGUCUGCAGUAGCAACCCAGACUCGGGCCCUAACUCUCCGCCAGGUGGCCCAUCUGUUACCAACGGCAGUUUAUCAUCCCUUCAUUCAAAAGAGGAAAACCUGGGCUAUGUUUUUAAUCCGUUCCAGCCCAGCCUGGCAUACCCAAGUGCAGAUCUUUUAUACACAUCCCCCUCCAUGCCCAACAUUUCGCUUGGUCGACCGCCAACAUCUGCGUCGGGGUCACCAGUCAGCACUGAAGAGGAGCUGAGAGUUGCUAUGUCUGCGAGACUUGGCAUUGCCUUACCUGGAACUGCACAUCUCAUGGCUGGAGCUCUGCCAGGAUAUUUCUCUGCCCUGCCUGUUCUAGAUGGAGAAUUUCCUCCUGGAACAGCUCCAGCAGCAUACCUGGUCUCCCAGAGUAAACUCUCACCAUCUUCAGUGACUGCGGCCACCUCACCUCUAGCUAGUCCAUUCAUUCCAGCAACAGUCGGGCCCACAGCUCCUCAUCCAGCUCACAGAUUACAUAGACACAGACCAUUAGGACGUACACACUCGGCCCCUCUCCCACUAGGAAUGUUCCAUCAACAACAGAAUCUUCUCAUGCAACAGCAGCAUGAACAGUACAUCAAAGAUCAGAAGCUCUAUGUCAAACAGCACAUCAGACAGACGGUGUUACAGCGGUCGGGGAGCAAGAGUCAUAUGGAGAAUGUAGAUGAGGAGACAGAAGUCAGGCUUGCACAGGAAAUGAAAGAAUGCAGAGAAGCGGAAAUUAUGGAUGGUAAGAUGGAAGAAGCACCUAUACAAGGCCCACUUGUAGCAUCUGCAGUUGCCGGGUCCCUGCAACCAGCAAGAGAUCGAGACAGCCAUACACUGUUGAGUGUCCACCGUGAUUCACAGAGAGUGCGGCAUAAAGGUCCCUCCCACCAUAGACCCCUAUCUCGUACUCAGUCCAGCCCGUUGGUGGCUUUCUCCGUACCUCCACAGUCAGCACAGGACUCUGGCCCUGUGACAUACACUUUUACUACCGGUCUGGCAUAUGACACUGCCAUGUUGAAACACAGAUGUACGUGCAAUGAUGAUCAGAAUCACCUGGAGCAUGCUGGCCGUAUCCAUAGUAUAUGGAGCCGUUUGACCGAGACAGGACUAGAGGAGAGGUGUGAGAGGGUUCGAAGCAGGAAGGCCACUAUUGAGGAACUGCAGAGCUGCCACACAGAAACAUACUCACUGAUCUUUGGAGGCAACCCAUACAAUAGGCAGAAGCUGUAUGAGAGUUCCAGUAAGAAGUUCUGCCUGCUGUACUGUGGUGGCGUAGGAGUCGACUCUGAUACUGUAUGGAAUGAAGUCUACACCGCCACAGCAGCAAGAACAGCUGCUGGUUGUGUGAUAGAACUGGCUUGUCGGGUCGCAGCUGGAGAUUUAAAGAAUGGCUUUGCUGUAGUACGACCUCCUGGCCAUCAUGCAGAACAAGACACACCGAUGGGAUUCUGUUACUUCAACUCUGUGGCCAUCGCAGCCAAGCAGUUAAAGGAGAAGCUUCAUCUACAGAGGGUACUCAUUGUUGACUGGGAUGUUCACCAUGGUAACGGAACACAGAAAAUGCUCUACGAUGACCCCAACAUCCUCUACAUAUCAAUCCAUCGCCAUGACAGCGGCAAUUUCUUCCCAGGCACAGGGGGCCCAGAGGAAUGUGGCGAGGGGGCAGGGCUGGGCUUCAACGUGAACAUUGCUUUUGGGGGCAGUUUGAACCCUGCCAUGGGUGAUGCUGAAUAUUUGGCUGCCUUCAGGACCUUACUGAUGCCCAUAGCUCGUGAAUUCAGCCCCGAGUGUGUCCUGGUCUCUGCUGGCUAUGAUGCAGCUAUGGGACAUGCUGCUGCUCUUGGGGGAUACCAGGUGUCAUCUGAGUGUUUUGGUCACAUGACCAGGGAGCUCAUGUCUCUGGCCAAUGGAAAAAUUGUUCUUGCCUUAGAAGGGGGCUAUGACAUCACCAGUAUCUGUGACUGUGUGGAGCUGUCGGUGCGAGCCCUGCUAGGGGAGGAUCUGCCACCGAUCAGAGAGCAGGAGUUGAACCGGCCCCCCUGUCAGCCAGCCAUUGACACCCUCAACGCAGCCAUACAAAUACAAGCGGAACACUGGCCCUGUGUGAAGAAGUACGCUGGAACCACACAUCACUCACUCCUGGAUUUCCAGAAAGUGGACAUGGAGGAGGCCGACACUAUCUCAGCCCUAGCUUCUCUGUCCAUGGUGGCGGGCAAACAAAGGACCCCCAUGGAACAGCAGUCAGAACCAAUGGAGGAAGGGACAUAA